UUUAUUUUAGCCUGCUAUGCCUUGCCUGAUGCAAAAUCCGGGUGAUGGUGGGGAAGUUGGGUGACCGACUUUUGACAUAUCGAGGAAUCUCCCCUGCCCCGCAAGAUUGUGUGCCGUCUUAACCGUCAAGUCCGUUCAGGUCAAAAUCUACCCCAUCUCAGCCGCUAUGGGCGGCUCAAAGAGCCAUGAAAGUGGCCCAACUUAAGCCACGGCAAUUCGAUGCAAAAAUGGGAAUGCAUUUCGCGCUUUGUGCCUCGGGAUGCCCCCAAUAGUCGUGACGCGGUAGGUACAGUACUGUCCUGGCAUCUCCUGUGUGAUUCAGUCAUGAAAUAACGUUUGCCAAUCUUUGUUUGCGCGCUCCUUCGUCUUUUUGGAGCAGGCCAGAGACGACGCCAGCAUGUCUUUCACGGAAAAGCCAGUACAGGUGGACGCCAUCUCCUCACAUCGGGCCAGUUCAGAUACCCAGCAAGAUGGGUAUGUCCGUAUGGAACCCAGCGAUCUGGAAAAAGUCAUGUCCAAACAUGAAGACGGCGAUGUUGCCGUUACUGUCGAGGUGACCACCGACCCCAACGUGGUCAACUGGGACGGUCCCGAUGAUCCUGAGAACCCAUUGAACUGGACGGCGUUGAAAAAAUGGACGAACAUUGCAUUCUUGUCAUCGAUCACCUUUUUGACACCGUUUGCAUCAUCGACAUUUGCACCCGGUGUACCAUUGGUAAUGGAGGAGUUCAACGAAGACAGUGUCGCAAUAGCGUCUUUCGUCGUGUCGGUCUAUGUGCUUGGAUAUGUCUUUGGACCAUUGAUUAUUGCUCCCUGUUCGGAGCUCUACGGUCGCAUCCCUGUGUAUCAUGUCAAUACAUUCCUAUUUCUCGCCUUCACGAUUGGGUGCGCCACGUCGACCAGCAUACCGAUGCUUAUCGUCUUUCGGUUCCUCGCCGGUGUCGCUGGAUCUUCUCCGAUCACUGUGGGUUCUGGAAGCAUUGCAGACACGUUCAGACAGGAGGAACGUGGCAAAGUCAUGUCAAUAUGGAGUUUCCCGAUCUUGUUUGGACCCAGUCUCGGUCCUGUGGUAGGAUCUUACCUUUCCGAAGCAGCUGGAUGGAGAUGGGAUUUCUAUCUUCUGGCCAUCAUUACCGGAAUCUUACUGAUUUUGACGGUCAUUUUCCAACGGGAGACGUACCCGCCUGUUCUCCUGGAACGUAAAGCUGCAAGGCUUCGAAAGGAGACGGGCAAUGAGAAGCUUAGGUCCGCCCUCAAAUCCCCAAAAUCACCUCGACAGCUGUUCUUCCUAUCUAUCGUCCGGCCCCUGAAAAUGCUCUUCCGUUCACCUAUCAUCUUCGGCCUAUCAUUAUACAUCGCAGUCACCUACGGUUAUCUGUAUCUGAUGUUCACGACCAUCACUUUCGUUUUCGAAGACCAGUACGGCAUCAGUUCGAGCAAUGUUGGGCUGGUUUUUCUUGGCAUUGGCCUGGGACAACUCGCUGGUCUCACUGCUUUUGGGGCUUUCUCGGACCGACUGCUCAAGAAGUGGGCCAAAGGUGGCGCCCUCAAGGCAGAGCACCGUCUUCCCCUACUUUGGCCAGGUGCCGUGCUCGUGCCCAUGGGACUCCUCAUCUAUGGUUGGAGUGCGAAGUAUGCGGUUCAAUGGAUCGUUCCGCUCAUCGGUACGUUUAUCUUUGGAGCAGGGAUGAUCAUGUCCUUUAUGCCUGUGGGAACAUAUCUGGUUGAUGCCUAUACUACGUACGCGGCGAGUGCGAUGGCGGCAAACACGGUACUUCGCAGUGUAGGAGGAGCCUUCUUGCCCCUAGCAGGUCGAAAUCUUGCAGCGUCCCUUGGUCUGGGAUGGGGAAAUACCAUGCUGGCCCUCAUCUGUAUGGCCUUGAGUCCCAUGAUCUGGUUCUUCAACAAAUACGGCGAGAGGAUUAGAAACCACCCGAGGUUUAAGUUGAAUUUGUGAGAAAAGAAACUCUACAACACAAAAUCUGGCAUUUGAGCGACGGUUAGGCGCAGUAUAAGAUGCAUUAACAUACGAAUUUGGAGCAUAGCAACGGAAUGUACAUACAAAAGUCAUAACCCAUGAAGACUCGAAGAA